AGAACUCAAAGAUUGGAUCUUUCUAAGAUGGGACUAACUCAAAUUCCGCCAGAAGUUCUUCAUUUAUCUGGACUUAGACGACUGGCUCUUGAUAACAAUUUGUUGAACUCUCUGCCUGCAGAGAUUGGGCUGAUGACAAGUCUGGAGGAGCUGACUCUAUUCUCGAAUGGGCUCGCCGAGCUGCCGCCCGAGAUUAGCAAACUGACGAAUCUUACAGAGUUGGAUAUCAGGAAAAACGAGAUCAGAGUCGUUCCUGUGGCAGUUGGAAAUUUAUCGAAUCUUACGAUUCUUUCUAUU